UUGAGUUAAAAAACAAAAUUAUUUUCUGUCAAACUGACUUUAUUGACAUUUUUCAAUUCAUUUAAGUAAAAUAAUUUAUAGAAUAUAAAAUAAUGUCGAAUAUUAAUCCAACCGCGUCGAAUGUGGAGGUUUACGUGCGUAUUUUACCCGAAUUAAAUUGCAGCAUGGAGAAUUUUCGUGUUCUCGACGACGAAAAAACUAUCUACGUUCGUAGUUGGCAAGAUUUCGCAAAGAGCAAUGAAGGCCGCAUACCCAAUUACCUCGUCUUUAAAACAAACGGUAUAUUUUACAAUGCAUCACAAGAAAAAAUAUUCAAUACUGUAGCUGAUAAUGGAUUUUUUGACCGACUUCUUUAUGGUUACAACGGUAUAAUUAUGUCCUAUGGACAAACGGGAAGUGGCAAAACAGUCACAACAACUGGUCUAGAAAGUACAUUUGAGGAUAGAGGAAUAUUACCAAGAGUCCUCGAGACACUUUUCGACAGUAAACAAAAACUCGACGACAGAUACAAAAUCAGUAUCAAGAUGCGAUACGUCGAAACCAAUCGGAAUUACAUGAUGGAUUUAUUGAGUGAUGAUGACACUAUCUACGAUAUGAAUACUUACAAUAAUAUCAAAGCGAUUAAGGUGAAAUCAUUGUAUGACGGUUUAAAGUUAAUUUUCAAAGCGGAAGCCCGAAAAACCAUGCGGCAAACUAAUGCAAACACUCGGGAACAGUAUAAAUCAAAUAUGGGUAACACAAUUGUAACAUUUUUGAUUUAUUCUAAAGGAAGAACUAAGGCUGUAUCAGAAGGAACUUUGCAUGUUGUGGAUCUCGCUGGCAUUGACACAAUCGGAAAUAAUUCAUGUUUACACAAAACCGGAUAUGAAGUUGGCAACGGAAACCUCGCAAAGUCACAAAUCGAACAACUCGUGCUCGUAAUCAACGAGAAUUUCUCAAAAACCGCCGAAUUAAAACAACGCAUUUGUAUAAUUAUACAUUACCUGCGCAAUACAUUAAACUCAAACAGUUUAAUCCGUAUAAUAACUCAUGUACGAAUACAACGCGAAGAUUUAAAAAUCUGUACAUCAAUGCUCCGAUUAGGAUGCGCGUUUAAAGGAAUGGUCCCCAAGAAACUAAACAGAUUCUAUGAGGAUACUGUCAAUGAACAGUAUAAAGUUGUCACUGAACAACUUGAAGCCCUGCGAAAAGAAAUGGAUCUAAAUGCGAUGCUUUGUAACGAAGACAUGACUUACGAUUUAUCCAGCGAACGUCUGGAUUAUAUCAAACGCUUAGCAAAGGAAUAUUUAGAAUCAAACGAUAAAAGUGAACUUGUUUUAUUGAGCACCACAGACACGGUUGUAAUGAUGCAAGUGAUCAAAGCGUUUUAUAAAUCUGCUUUGGAACCUAGGAAAUCAUAUCCGAAAUUUUCGAAAAUGGACGGUUCUGAUUUUAAAAUACGUUCGGUGUCUAACAAAGGGUAUGACGGGAUGACUGUAAUAUCAAAAAAUUCAAAACGUAUGCAUUCGAUUGCAAGUGUUGUUAGCCAAGAGAGUAAACGCAGUAAUCACGCGAAAAAGACAUUGAAGAAGAUCAUUACGUCGAAGGCUACGUUCGAUGUCAAAAGUAAAUCACAGAUUCUCAAAGCUCAAAGUGUUCAUUCGAUUAAGAGUAAAACAACGUCGAAAAUAGGUAAAAAGAAGCGGGUUUCAACAGGGUCUAGCACUGCUGUCAUCCGAGUUCCGGAAGAGAUUCCGACGUUUUCGGUUGCAUGGAGUAAAUUUAAAGUUGAUAAUAACGGAAAAUAUACAGAGACUCAUACUACUUUAAAAUCGCUUGAUACGGAUCUUGAUACGAUGACUAAAGAUUAUAAUAAAGAAGUUGUUGUGUUGGAAGAGUUGAAAAACAUCGCAAAUCAACGAAAAAAUGAUUUAUCACAUGCGAUUAUGAUAAGAGACAUUGAUACAACUCUUCAUAUCAGUCAAGAUCUGCAUGACUUUCAAGAGGAUUGCACGCAAUUAUUAAACAAAGCCACUAGGCAAUUAAUUGAACAAAAAGAAAAAUUACUCACGCUGCAAGCUGAUAUGCAAGUGAAUAUUGACUAUCGAAGUAAACUUCAGAAGGAAUUAAACAAAGCGUUUGACGAGUAUUGUUUGAAACGGUAUGGUGUUCUAAUACCGGAUGUAACUGAUGAAGAUAUUACCGGGCAGAAUGAUGAAAACGCUGGUAAUAGUGUCAUUGCAAUAGACAAUUUAAAUAAUGAUGAAGAUAAUAUCAAUGCAAAACCAUCGGAAAUGAUGAGCAUCAACAAUGAAACCGUGGAUAAUAUCGAUUGUUUGAAACACCAGCGCUUUGAAGAGUUGAAAGCUUAUAUGAAACGCGAAUUGGCGAGAGUUUCGAAGCGCAAAGCUCGCAAACAAAAGUGGAUAAUGACUUUCAAGUGCAUGAAGUGCAUGUAAUCAUGAAAAUUUAUGUGUUUAUCAUUGAUUGACACCGGAAAUUAUAUGUGGGUCAUUAAAUUCUCUAUUUUUAUUGCUAAAA